GCGGGCCCGGCCGCUCGGUCCGUGAGGGGCCGCGGGCUCGGCCGCCUCUGUGCCCGGAGCCCACGGCUGUGGUUGUGCGCGGUGGCCGCACGCGGGGCUUCAUCCCUCCCGUAGCUGCCUGUCUGCGUGGGUCCGUGCCCGUGUGACAGCGCCUGCGGCCCGCGUGGGGCAGGGGGAGCGGCGCGGGCCCUCCGCCGGAGCGCUCCCGAGCUCCCUGAGGAGCAGUCCGGGCGUAUUCGGGGCUCUUUUUGUUUCCCCCGAGGACAAGCUGUUGCUUCCGUGGUAGCUGCACCUUGUGGCUUUGUGUUGGCACCGUCAGUGGAGCGCGUUGCUGGCGGGUGUAACCUAAAGGCAAAGAGGAGCCUUCUGCCCUGAACGCCUUUGGGAGGGCUGGCCUUCGGCCUUCGCCCCGGCUUUCUCCUCAGCCCGCUUCCCGGUAGAUGCUCCUCGCGGGGAAUGGAGUGAGCCGCGGGCUGCUGCCGUGGGAUGACCAGCCCCGUCGCACCGUAGCUGGAAAUCAACUCUCCUGUGCUGCCAGAGGCUUCCAGCGUGGCAAUCCCAGAAGAUAUUCCUCCUUGCCCAGCCCAGGACCUGGUGCAUUCUGGUGCCUGACUCCUACAUCCCAGGAUCCUUUCUCUGCUGCCAGGAAUGAAGGUGUCUCCUGCCUGUCAGUGCUCGGCCUCACUCACUACAGGAGAGGACUCACAACAGCAAUCAGCAGCUGAGCAGCUUCCUGCCCACUAUGGCUGGCUGGUUUAGGCGGCUCCUGCACAGACCCAAGCCCAGCUCUGUGGAGAGCAGCCUCAAUGCCAGUCGCUCAGCUUCCUCCUCCCCUUCCUCCUCAUCCUCCUCGGCCCAGAGCUGCAGCUCUUCUGCCAUGAGCCUGACUCGCUCGUCCCGCCCCUCGUCCGCCUCGGACGUCAGCGCCUCAGGCAGCGCCCGCUGGGCCAAGAGCUACGACGUGUGCAUCUGCCACAGCGAGGGGGACCUGGAGCUGGUGGAGGAGCUGGUGUCUUACCUGGAGGGACAACCCGAAAGCUUCCGCUGCUUCCUGCAGCUGCGCGACGCGGCGCCGGGCGGCGCGGUGGUGACGGAGCUGUGCGAGGCCGUGCGCAACAGCCACUGCUGGGUCAUGCUCAUCACCCCGGCCUUCCUCCAGGAUCCCUGGUGCAAGUACCAGAUGCACCAGGCGCUGGCUGAAGCUCCCAUGGCCAACGGCCGCACCAUCCCGGUGCUGAAGGACGUGGAGCGCAAGGAUUAUCCCAAGGAGCUGCGGAACCUUUACUACAUCUCCAUGGCGCUGAAGGAGAGCAGCUUCAGGCAGAUCAGGGACACCGUGCUGCGCUACCUCCAGGAGCUGUGCCGGAGCUCUGUGAGCAGGAUGGAGUAGUGCUGGGAGCAGGCAGAAGUGUCCCCGUGGGUGUUUUGAAGCUGCUGCUGCUGGAUCUGGAUGUGGCAACCUCCUGAUGGACCUCAGGGGCCAAGCUCAGCCCAGACCUUGGGAGCCCACACACACAGGGAGUUCCUGCCACAUCCUGGUGAUGUUGUCAUGGUCCAAACACCUUCCACGGGGACAGGGACAUCCUUCAGCAAGUCGCUGCUGCUCGUCAUGCAAACACUAAGCUACGUCGGGUGGAUCUGGGGGAGGGGUCUUCAGAGCCUCUUAUGGUGAGGGCUGGUCCUGGGUUGGAGUUGAAGGGGGCGGCUCUGAGCCUCCCCCACCCCUCCCCUUGAGCUGACGCAGCGCUUGCCCCUUCGUGCCAACUGAGGGGCAGGUGGUGUCUUUGCACAGCUCUUUCGAAACUGCAUUAUCAUAGUUCCACAAACCUCGUGUGGGUGGUUUCUUUGCUGCAGGGUUUGUUUAAAUCUCCCGGGCUUUGUGUAUUUCUGUGAUGCGAGCGGGACCCCGGGGGUGGGUAAAUGCCCGCAAAUGGCAGGGGGCGGGGAUUGAGCCCUGUGUGAGCCUCCUCCCACCCCGGGAGCAGUGAGGGGAGGGGGCUGUGGGCUCAGGGCGCCGAGCACAUGCGCGGUGCUGUGGCCGCGGCUGAAGAGGAAGCGGGAGGCGGCCGCUGAGCCCGUCCCGCUGCAGGAGCGGCGGGUGCUGCGGGGCGAAGCCGCGUUUCUGCACACUGACCGUCCUGCCGCUGGUGUCCCCCGGCCCGUCACCCCCCGGCUCACCUCCCU